AUGCUUCAUGAGCGGUCGAACAUCGAGGCUGCUGAGAAACUCCGCAUAUCGCGCGAAACCCUCCCCUGUCGCCAGCUCCGCCUGAUCCAGCCACCACGUUUGAUAUUCAAGGUCGGCCUGCCCAAUACCGCCGGGCAUGCCUGCCAUACUCUCGUUGAAGCGCCGAGCUCCGAGCUCUCGGCACGCAGUAGGCCAGUCUCUGUAUCCAAGUGCCCAGCUUCGCUUCGCUCUACAGAAGAGAUUGAUCUUCUCUGGGAAAACAUGUUCCAGCUGCCAAACAGUCUGCCGCCGUGUCGUCUGAUGGACCAGAUUGGCCUCGAUACAGUGGCGUUUAUUGAAGACAAUUAUAUCCAGGAACGUGGGCUAGAUGGCCGCAUGACAGUGGAUUGGCUUCGAGAGAACUACAUUAACCAAGGCAGACUCGGCCUCAAGAGUGAAAAGGGCGGAUUAUACCACACUGCCCCGACAGGAACCAUCGCCGACGGACACGCUCAGGACCAGGAUGAGAAAGCCCAACCGGCCCUAUACCUGCUUGAUGUCGGACUCGGCUCCAACAACGGACGGAUUUCAGACAUCCCAACCGCAGGGCAGAUCCUACGAUUCGAACCAAGCAGGGCCAAGAUGACCACGUUGGUCAGUGGCCAGUCCCUGCCUGAUGGCAUUGAUAUUUCGCGCUCCCAAGGCCGAUUGUUCUGGACAAACAUGGGCCACGCAACGUCGACCUAUGAUGGCUCAGUCCACUCGGCGAACAUCGACGGGUCCGAUGUGAAGACUCUACUCAUGCCGGGGACGGUGCAUACACCGAAGCAGCUCAUAGUGGACGACAAGUCGCGGAGGGUCUACUUCUGCGAUCGCGAGGGCAUGAGCAUCCACCGUUGCGCCUUUGAUGGGUCGCAGCAUGAGAUCCUUGCCCGCACAGGUCGGCUUGAUUCAGCUGAACAUCGAGGCGACAUGAUCAAAUGGUGCGUUGGGAUCGCCAUCGAUACUGUCCGCGGAUAUGUGUACUGGACGCAGAAGGGGCCCAGUAAGGCUGGUCGAGGCCGGAUAUUUCGGGCGGGUAUUGACCUGCCUGCUGGCCAGACUCCUGACAGUCGGACUGAUAUUGAGCUGCUGCUGCAGGGGUUGCCAGAGCCAAUUGACCUGGAAUUGGACCAGGAGUCGCAGCAGCUGUAUUGGACUGAUCGUGGUGAGCACCCCCUGGGAUGUUCGUUGAAUCGCGCGGAUCUGAGUGGAUUGACCAAAGCUGGCGGAACAAAUGCCGAAAAGGAGAUUUUGGCACGCCAUUUCAAUGAGCCCAUUGGACUGAAACUGGGGAGUAAGGGAGAGAUAUAUGUCGUUGAUCUUGGGGGGAGUGUCUACCAGGUCAAGGAUGGAAAGAAGGUUCUGCUAUGGAACGACAAUAGGUGCUACACGGGAAUCUCUCUGUAG